CGUGUACGUUGUAGUGCAUUAUCCGGACAUGGCAACCCACGUGAUCGUCUCAAUUCGAAAAGGUAGUCGAGCACCAGGAUGGCUCUUCCACGACCGCAAUGGGUCGUCGUUGGACCGUCAGCCGACGAGCGAUACAAGCUAUGCGACGCACUCGCUCUUCGCUAUGGAAUUGUACAUGUAGCUGAGAGCGUGGCAUCUUCUUCCGCCGACGAAAGCAAUGGCGCCGACGUCGUGCUCCGUCGCCUCCACAACACGGAUUGUGCAACCCAAGGAUGGGUGUUGAACAGCGUUCCAUCCACAAUCGAAGAAUGCAAUGCAUUCAUCGCUGGAGGUAUCGUCCCGCGCAUUGUCUUUGACUUUUUUGAGGAUGAUGCAUCGUCGACGUUGCGAUCCCUUGUCGACGCCGCGCUUCAGGUAUGGAAAUCAGCCUCCGACACAACCACCACCAUAAAGUGCGCCAUUUCGUCCCCUGACUCGUCCGAAACGGUGGCAACAUCCAUUUACCGCGCUAUCGACACUCGUACAUGGACUCUUCAUCUGCAGUCUGAAGUGCCAAGCCUCGCCGACGAGCAUCCGGAGGCUGUGGCUGACCUUGUGCACGUGACUGCAACACUACCAUUAACCGAACAAGCAGCGGCAAUGAAAUUGCUGUCGUCACUCUUGACUUUCAAAGGAAUGGGAGCCCUCGCGCCAGACUGCGGCAGUAGCGUUGUGUCGCUCGUGAAGGUGUACACCGGCGUGUCCAAGGCAACGCAGGCGACGGUCGCGAGUCGCUUUCCUCCAGAAAUCCUCGCCAUGCUGCCGUUUGUUGAAACGCUGUCCCCGAAUGCACUCAUGACGAUGGCCCCGCUAGCCCAAGAGAUCUUCAUCGAUGCGUCGUCGGCCGGCGCCAUCCAGCCAGCAACUGCUGUCAAAGUCCACACUGCGUUCUUCGAAGUGUUGUCCGAGAAGGAGCGGCGCCAACUCGUGCGAAUGCUACCAGCAAAAGAGCAGGAGCUUGUCACGCAUGUCGUGGAAACGACCGAAGGACUGUCACCCCGCGGCGUAGAGACCGUCGUGCACAUGCUGCUGCAAUCGACCAACCAUUCCUUGCCAUCCCAGCCAUCCAAAAACCAUUCCCCCCCGCAGCCAUUCGUGGUUCCAGGUCCCAACGAGACCUCCGUGCAUCAACCGCUUGCAGACCAUACUUAUGGGGCCAUCGACAUACCCGACGCCCCUCCACCGCCGUCCCGCGACGCGGUCAUGGCCAAACUCGCGCUGACGGCAACCAAAGCUCACGGCCGCCGUCUCAUGCGGUGGGUGCGCAGUGCGCCCCGCAGUCUUCGCGUCCUGUCCUUUGUGUCGUCGGUGCUUCUCUUUGUGACCGCGUGCAUCUCGAUGGUGCUGGAUGUAGUUGCCGGUCCCAUGAUUGUGGUCGUGAUCAACAUGUGGAUCGUGGUCUUUUCCCUGAUCAUGGUCUCCGUCGAGGUCAAGAUCACAGCUAUUGAAAAGCACAACUCGAUCGCGACGUACUUUCCUCUCGUUCGGACCGUGACUGGCCGCGGCGCGUUUUUGCUCUUCAUCUCACUGAUCGCCAUGACCCUGGCUGUGAAAGCAACGUGGCAGAAUGCGGUCCUCGGUGUCGCUGGCGUCGUCGCGGCCGGCAUCAGUCUCUGGUCCAUUGCACUCGGCAGCAUCGCGAGCCACCAGUUCAACGCGCUCCGCAGUCGCAUCGAGUCGCUUGCCCAGCUCAAGCAAGCGUUCGAUCUCGCCGACGUCGACCGCGCCGGCGAACUCGAUGUCGACGGACUCGGCCGGUUCUGUCUCGUUUGGGACUGGCCCAUCGACGUCUACUUUCUCGAAGCCAUCGUGCGCGACUUGGACGGACACAACUCGAACGCUGUGUCCUUGUCCGACUUGCAAGUGUGGUGGUCGCGCGCCCACCACGACACAACCAUGCCGCCUCUCCAGCAGAGCCCUCGACUAUCCCGCUGCCACCGACCCACUUCGAUCGUCAAGCUGUUCAGUGUCUUCACCGGCGUCCUCACCAUGGUCACAGGCCUCGUCGGCAACAUCGCAUCGUUCCAUCCUCGGUGCGUGCGCUGUCUUUGGCCGCUCCAUGGCUAACGCCAACUCUAUAGGACGGUCACAACGAGUGAAGUCGCAAUGUACAUGAUGCUCGACUUGUGGGUGAUCCUGUUUGGCAUGAUCGUGGUGGUCGUCGACGCGCCUCCGACGUGGUCACAUGCCUUGAACGGGUGCAAGCGGAUUGUUCUGGACAACUUUGCAUCGUUCCUUGCCACUCCCGUCGGUCGAAGCUUCUUCUGCUUGUUCUUGAGCACGUUUGUCGUGUCGGUAUACCAGAACGACUCGGUGUACUUGCCGAUGGCGACCAGCGCGUGCCUCGCGCUCGUUUCGCUCGUUUACACGUGCGUGGGUCGCAGUGCCAAGAGGCAAUUCUUCCUCCUUGCGAAAGCCGUCGACGGGACCAACUGCAGCCGCGUCUUUGCCGCCGCCGACAACGAUGGCGACGGCGUGUGGAGCCUCGACGAGCUUGACGCGUUUUGCCGAGCCCAACACGUCGUGCUGAGUGCCGCGCAGUGGGAAGUUCUCGUUGCUGAUCUCGACCAACACCACGUCGGCGCCAUCACCCUCCACGACUUUACGACGUGGGUGCAGUUGCAGCACCGCAACAUGUCCUAGCAUCGAUCGAUCACGAACCAUGGUAGUUCCAACUGAAUCCCAACGCCAGAGUCUUGAUUCAUACCCGACGCCGUGUGCGCGCAGCGGUGAAUCGAUAUGAGCCAUUCAUUUCCAGAACCACAA